AUGCCUGUAGCCAUAGUACUAGCGCCAAAGAUUUCACUUGCAAGGGAUUUUAUCAUCAAGACCAAUGAGUGGACCCGUCGGGUUAGGGACAUAGACAAAGACUCCGUCAAGAAGUUUGUUGGAACUAUGCCUGAAUUCAAACCACCCGCUGUGAUCCCCAGAGACCCCAAGGAUGCACCCGCUGACGUUGAGCCAGUACCUAAGUCUCCCAGCCCCAUGGAUGAAAACCCUAAGGCGGAGCGAGAUGUUAAAGGGAAAGCACGGGCCCAUACUGAAGAGGAUUCUGCCUCGAAGAAGACCUCUGUGUCACGUAGGAGUUCUCGUCGGGAAUGA